CUCCCCUGUGUGGGUGCCUGAGGGCCCUGCUCCUUCUUGCCACUUACCACCUGGCCCAGGGAGGGCCUGACAGGCCUCACAAGGACUGCUCCUGCCACCUACUAUCUGGCCCAGGGUGGGGCCUCACAAGGAUGGUUGUUGCCACUGAUGCUGCUACUGCCCAGGAGGACCUGGAGGGGUGCAGAGUUCUUUUUAACAUUUUUUAAAUUAUUAUUAAAUAUUUUCCUUUCCCUUUAGAUUUUUUAUAUAUGGGGGUGGGAUGGAUGUUUGGGUGGGCUUGGGAAUUUGUUAGAUUUUGAUGAAUUUGUAAUUUUUGCAGUUUUUAUUUGUAUUGUUUUAUUGUUUUCUGGGUUGUUUUUGUUUUUUGUUUUUAUUGUUUUAAGGUUUUAUUGUUCUAGGCUGCGAAAGAAUAACAUUAAUUGCCAUCAAUGGAGGCUACUAUGAGGCCUGGGAUUGCUACCGUGGAGGGGCGAGGGAGGUAUGGUGGGGGGGGCAGAUGUUAUAGGCGAAGGGGAUCGAGAUACGGAUAUGCUCGUACCCCUUCCAAUCUGCGCCCCAUCCCGAGGGACGAGGGUAGGGUGAGCAAGGAUUACUCACCUCCGUCACUGGUGCUGUGCAAUGCCAGGUCUAUAGGCAAUAAAACCGCCACCCUGCGAGAUUUCUUUAUCUCACAGGGGGUCGACCUGGCUUGUGUGACGGAGACCUGGGUGCGCGAAGGGGCAACAGUUACCUUACGAGAGAUGGCGCCCCCAGGUUUCUCCGUCCUCCACCAGUCGCGGACUGUGGGCCGGGGGGGAGGGGUGGCAUUAUUAAUCCGGGAAGAUUGUCCUUUCAGGGCUCUACCAUCGCCAUCGAUCCCUGGCAUUGAAUGUGUUGGCCUAGUGUGGGGCUCCGAGGAGAGCUUAGCUGUCUGGCUGGUGUACCGGCCACCUAGCGCACCAGCAGCCACCCUGUCAGGCCUAUUGGAGGCGGUGGCCGGCUGGGCCUUGGAGUUCCCUAACCUAUUGGUAUUGGGGGACUUUAACAUCCAUGCUGAUGCCACUCCCUCCUCACAGGCUCUGGACCUGGUGUCUUCCAUGGCGACACUAGGGCUCUCCCAGUUUCGGGCCCCACACAUCAAGCAGGCCACACGCUGGAUUUGAUCUUUGGCGUAGGUAUAGAUGUGAUCAUGUCUCCUUCGAUGAAGGUGCCAUGGUCUGAUCACUACGCUCUGAAAGCCAGGAUUGACUUUCCACCCCCACCCUGCUUAGGUGGCGAGCCGAUUUGGGCUCGCCCGCAGAGGCUGAUGGACCCUGAUAGAUUCCGCCAAGCCUUGCGGGACCUUGCUCCCCCUGGCGACUCAUUGACUGAGCUUGUUGAGGGCUGGAAUACCCAGCUCCUGGCAGCCAUUGAUGAGAUCGCACCUAAGCGCCCUCUGCGACCCCGCAGAAACCGGGCUCCCUGGUUUACCUACGUGGGGCUGCCCUUGAGACUGACCCAGAAACUCCAGCGGGUGCAGAAUGCUGCAGCAAGACUCCUUACGAGGUCUUCGCUGCGAGAUCACAUUCACCCGGUGCUAUACCAGCUGCACUGGCUCCCGGUGGAGUACAGGAUCAGGUUUAAGGUGCUGGUUUUAACCUUUAAAGCCCUAUACGGCCUAGGACCCUCGUACCUACGGGACCGCCUCUCCUGGUAUGCCCCACAGAGAAACGUACGGUCUUCAAAUAAAAACAUCUUGAAGGUCCCAGGCCACAGAGAAGUUAGGCUGGCCUCAACUAGAGCCAGGGCUUUUUCGGCCCUGGCUCCGAUCUGGUGGAACACUCUGUCACAAGAGACCAGGGCCCUGCGGGACUUGACAUCUUUCCGCAGGGCCUGCAAGACAGAGCUGUUCCACCAGCCUUUGGCCAGGGCACAGCCUGACUCCCUCCCUCGGCAAUCUUCGGAGAGCUCUGGCCCAAUGGUUGCCAGUGGCUUGAAUUAAUUAAUUUUAUAAUGAAUGAUUUUAGAAUGUUGUUUAUGCUGUACUUUUGUACUGUUUUAUUGUUGUUAGCCGCCCUGAGCCCGGCUUCGGCUGGGGAGGGCGGGAUAUAAAUAAAAUUUAUUAUUAUUAUUACAUUAUUUAUUUAUUGAAUUUAUAUCCUGUCCUUUCUCCCCCAAAAAGGAGCCCAAAAUAUUAGGUGAAAUUCACACUAAAAUGCUGAUAAAUUUCCUUGAGGGUUUCUUCUUAUCCAGUCACAAACAGAUGCAGAAAUGAAUUUAAGUCUGGUGGGGGAGGGAAACAGAGAGAGAAAUGAAAUCGAAAGCAUUGUUCAUUUUUCAUUUCACUCCUUUAUUUUGGCAGCUGGCUCAAAUCCAGGACUCCAAAAUGAAAGAGAAGACAUCUCAAGUUCCUGGAAAGGGGUGCAGGUGUGGUGAAAAUGUGGCUUUUAUUUCCAGGAAAUGCAUUUCAGCCAAUAGGUAUUUCAAGGCCUUUUUUCUUUUCCAGAGAGUUAAUUGAAAAACAGCCUGCAGCCACCCAGCCUGCGCUUGUUUCUUUGAUCCCUUCUUCCCCCCCUCCAUCCAAUAAAAGCCCAAUUGCUAUCAGCAGUUUCCAGCUGAUGCAGGUUGAGUGGUUUUGGGUGGAGUUAAAUGCAGUUCCUCACUCCGGCCUCCAAGUGUCAGGGUCAGAAGCGACUGGGCGAAAAGCGCAGGCCUUCCGGAGAGAGCGCUGGGCUUGAGCCAAGGCCAUCUCUGCUGGGGGAAAAAACCAAGCAAAAAUAAAACGAACAACCUCCAAGCUCCUUUUCCUAGGGCCUCUCCAGAUAGCAUUCCUGGCGCAUUGCCUCGCUCCACCUCUGCCCACUGUGAGAACACCGCUUUGCUGUGUGGCUGCCUGCCCAGGGAAGCCAGGGACACGGCUGAAAGCUUUUUCUAUCUGCAUUGCUGAACUGUCAAGAGGAGUAGGGGACUGGCUGGUGCACGUCUGAUUCAGCACUGAAGGCGCCAUUGCUCAGUUGGGAACGCCCCAGAGCCUACUUCAGUGACUGGGCACUGCCUGGCAUCCUUUGGAGACCUUUCCAGACAGAGGCUUCUGUGGGUAAGAGACUACUAGGGAGCCAGGGAGGGGGGAAGGAAGACUUGAUGCUUUCAGCUAUGGGAGGGGUCAUGCUUUCAAACUGCUUAUGUGGAUGUCUCAGAGUUUAGGUCUCCUGCAUGCAUUUCAGACCUCCAGUCCCGGAGGGAUUUAGCCUGGGAGAGCAAACCACACAUAUAAACAGAGCAUCACAUGCUAAUUUAAAGGUUUAUUGUGCCUGCACCAAGUUUUAGACUUUCCUGGGGCGGGUUUCGCAGUGUUAGGGCUAUUGCAACGAUACCAACAAAAAUGUCCCAUUUUGCCUUGAAGGUUAACAACUAUAUUCUUCUAGCACGAGCUCUUGUGCACCGGAAAACAAAGUCUUUAAGGCGCCAUAAGACUCUUCAUCUCUGAAGUGCUGUUACUGGUUGGCAGAUUCUCUCUCUACACCUGUGUGUGAGAGAGAAAGUGGGUUAAGAAAUGCCAGAGAUAAGAGUAACUCCAAGGCAUGUUUCUGCGAAGCUCAAAUGUCUCCUAGUUUAUUGCAGUGACCUUUCACAACAGCUGUUAUUGGUGAGAACGCACAAUGCCUCCAGACUUGUCGGUAUUUUUGCAGGAGGGAUUCAAGAGUACACUGCAACUUUUGGGUGGUGCAAUUAAAAGGCAUGAAGAGCUUUGUCGCCCUAGCAUGACAUAAUCACUUUUUGAAAAAGUGUGGUUAGGAAUGCAUCGAAACGGAUGGACAAAAGGCUGAUUGGGAAAUAAAUCGGAGCAAAUGUUCCGUAUUGACUGGCCGUAACAGUGUUAGCAGUAGAGACAACCCUGGUCUCAACUGAGUCCUAGAUUAGUUAAAUCAAACUUGCCAAUAAAUUCAGGUGCAGCAGGUUUCAUGUCAGCAGAAGAGUAUCGUCUGAAACUAGAAUGUUAUUUCACAGGUUUCUGAAUGUUAGGUGUAAGCCUGUUAACAAAUCUUUCCCUCAUGACUUUCUUCUUUAUAUGUUGGUGUCUUGGUUCAGAUAAGCCUUGAUCUGCACAUUACCAUGCUGAUUAAAGCCAUAGGCCCUGUCUGAGGUUUUGAUGAUGAAAUAAUAAUUUAACCUUGCAGCCCAUGAUUCCUGUGGGUAAUACCCAGAAGUAUGUCUUACUAGCAUCAGUGGGGCUUAUUCCCACAUAUACAGGAUUGCAAUCUUGAUCCCCAGAAGCACAAUACAUUUAAAACAGGAUUAUUCCCCCUUUAAACAGUCAUGGCUUCCCCCCAAAGGCACCUCAAAAGUGAAGUUUGUUAAUGGUGCUGAGAAUUGUUGGAGACCCCUUUUCCCCUCAGUCCCCUAGGAAAAGGAAUUGACUGUUAAACCACUUUGGCAACAGUAGUUCUGUGAGGGGAAUAGGGGGUCUCCUAGCAACUCAGCAACCUUUACAAACUACACUUCCCAAGAUUCUUUGAGGGAAGCCAUGGCUGUUUAAAGUGGUGUGAUACUGCUUUAAAGGUGCAGUGCAGAUACAUUUGUAGUUUGGAUUAGCAUGUUGUCCAAACCCGGGCGCAUGGUUUAGCUCUCUUCAGAUUAGCCAUUAGUUGUAACCGUGGUUUUCCUGCUACUGUGAAGAGAAGGUUCUCUUGCUUUUUCACAGUCAAGCGGUAUAUGCAUAUUGUUAAACAAUUAAAUCGUGAAAUUAAAGUGCUAGGCCACAUGGCUGCAACCACCAUCUUCUUUAUCCCUGAUGAAGGAUGGGUGAGAUAACAUCAGUUUCUGUUUUCUGCUUCUCAUUUAGCCAGUCUUCAGUUCAGUUCUGUACAUCUUCACAUCAGUUAACAUUUUUUUUAUAAAAAAAGAAGAAAAGGGGGGGAAAGGUCAUGAAAAUUCACCAGCGGUUUUGCGUGAACAUCCUAGCAAACCCAUUUUUGUAUGCAGUGGCUCUUAAGGAACAUAUUUUUAGCAAAGCAAUCUUCCCUGAUAUAAUGCGUUAUUGUAUGUCGUAUGCAUUUUUAUGGAGACUACCCUAGUACAGGCAUUUUUGUACACACUUCUUGGCUAGACAACUGCAUCGAAAACUUCUAAAAAGUGCAAAUUUUGAAGGUUGGCUGUGUUUUAGUUUGUCUAUUGUUCCAGGAAGUGCAAAUUCGGAAGGGCUUAAAUGCAAACUGCAUGGAAUUUCUCCCCCACCCCUUACACUUACGCCUCUGGGCCCUGACAUACAUAUCCGAGGCAGGUCCCAGAAGCACUGGGUUCAAGGAAGAUAAUCACACCAGGCUCUGUAGAUACCCAUAGGGCUCAAGGAGUGUGUUGCAUCUGCACAGCUGCCUGCCCUUCUCAGCUGCCACUGCCCAUCCUCAUCUGCCUCUGUUUAAGCUCUGUGGGGAGGGCACUUUGCCCAGGUCCCUCUCAAAAAAACUGGCAACGGCCUUGGCAGGGGAAGGAGGGAGGGGCGACCAGAGCGACCACCUGUCAAAGGAAAGGACGCAGCAAACCAAAAUGGGGAGAAGAGCAGAUGGAAGGAACCAACUUCUUGUUUCAUUCCUGCUGAGGGGAAGGGCUGGCGUCUCGGUCCGUGUGGCUUUGCCAUACAGGCGAUUUGCUGAGCGACUCUCAAUGGGAUAAUGAGGUGUGGUGGCGUUAAGUGCCAGAUGGAGAUUUGCUAAGGAGGCAAAGAGUGUUAGGACUUCUAGCAAAGGGGAGGGGGGGUUGGACUAGAUGACCCCUGGGGGUCCCAUCCAACUCUAUGAUUCUACCUUGCUAUGAUUCAUGUCUGAGCUGAAUAGCUACCAAACACAGGACCUUGGCUUGCUAUGUAUUUUUAUUGACUUAGGGGGGAGGACAACUGCCCCUCCCUGCCCCCCCAGCUACGCCCAUGUCAUGAGUGCCCUUGAACUCUGAUCACGGCUCUUGCGUGCCUGGAUGCAGGGCUAUUUUUUCUAGAAAAAGAGGUGUAUGUGUGUUUGUGUAGAAAGCAGCCUAAUGUACAAAGGUGACAUUUACAUUCAUUGCCCCACUCACUUUUUUUCCUGCGGCCCAGCCUACCAUGGUCAUGUGGCUCACCAUUUGUGCUGCAUAUAGGUCUAAGGCUGUAUCAUCCCAAAUAAUAAUAAUAAUACCACCCAUCUGGCUGGGUUUCCCCAGCCAUUCUAGGUGGCUUCCAGCAAAAUAUUAAAAUCACAGUAAAACAUCAAACAUUAAAAGCUUCCCUAAACAGGGCUGCCUUCAGAUGUCUUCUAAAAGUCAGGUAGUUGUUUAUUUCAUUGACAUCUGAUGGGAGGGCGUUCCACAGGGCGGGCGCCACCACCGAGAAGGCCCUCUGCCUGCUUCCCUGUAACCUCACUUCUCGCAGCGAGGGAACCGCCAGAAGGCCCUCGGAGCUGGACCUCAGUGUCUGGGCAGAACAAUGGGGGUGGAGAUGCUCCUUCAGUCCCGGCUCCCCCCACCCCAAAUAAAUCUGGCGAAGUGUUGUUUGUUGAAUGUUUAAAGUCGUGUACUUCCUUAGUUAAACAGGGAGUGCAGAUGGGACCACACUGGCAGCAGCUGUCCAGGAUUUCAGGCGAUGGUCUCACCCUACCUGCAGAUGCCGUUCAGGAUCGAACCUGCAAAUGCAGAUGCCCUCCCAUGAAGAGGUGGCCCUUCUGCUAGAAUAAGAUUCCUAAAUUCACAAUCCGGGCUUGCUGCAUGCAGACUUCUUAACCCUCCCUGCCCCACAGAACACCGUUUGUUUGUUUGUUUGUUUGUUUGUUUGGUCUAUUGCUCUAUCCCCAUAGAUCUCAGGGCGGUUCACAACAUAAAAUCACAAUAUAUAUUUUUAAAAACCCAGAAGAUGCAUAAUAAAAACAAAAUCGACAACCCCCCUUCCAAAACACAUUUAAAAGGGCAUCGGAUGUCAAUCGGCCCAAGGCCUGGUUAAAGAGAAACAUUUUCACCUGGUAAAGGUAAAGGACCCCUGACAGUUAAGUCCAGUCACGAACGACUCUAGGGCUGCGGCGCUCAUCUUGCUUUACUGGCCAUGGGAGCUGACGUUUGUCCGCAGACAGUUUUUCUGGGUCAUGUGGUCAGCAUGACUAAGCCGCUUCUGGCGAAACCAGAGCAGCGCACGGAAACGCCGUUUACCUUCCCGCCGGAGCGGUACCUAUUUAUCUACUUACACUUUUACGUGCUUUCGAACUGCUAGCUUGGUAGGAGCUGAGACCGAGCAACAGGAGCUCACCCCGUUGCAGGGAUUCAAACCACCAACCUUCCAAUCGGCAAGCCCUAGGCUCAGUGGUUUAGACCACAGCGCCACCCACGUCCCUUUCACCUAGUACCUAAGGGUAUAUCAUGAAGGCGUUGGCCAAACCUCCCUGGGGAGAGCAUUACACUAAAGAAAAAGCCCGUUCUCAUGUUGCCACCCUCCUAAAGUAAAUCUCCCACUGCCCUAUUCUCCAGCAAAAAAAAAAAAGAGAGGAAAAAGUGCUAUAAUUGAUCUCACAACAGAAAGAAUACUGCUUCGUUGGAGACUGUGGCAUCUUUAGGAUAUAUAGAUUUAUUUACACAUACUGUAUAAUAAUAAUAAUAAUAAUAAUUUAUUAUUUAUACCCCACCCAUCUGGCUGAGUUUCCCCACCCACGCUGGGCGGCUCCCAAUCGAGUGUUAAAAACAAUACAGCAUUAAAUAUUAAAAGCUUCCCUAAACAGGGCUGCCUUCAGAUGUCUUUUAAAGAUAGGAUAGCUGCUUAUUUCCUUCAAAUCUGAAGGAAGGGCGUUCCACAGGGCGGGCGCCACCACCAAGAAGGCCCUCUGCCUGGUUCCCUGUAACCUCACUUCUCGCAAUGAGGCCCUCGGAGCUGGAUCUCAGUGUCUGGGCUGAACAACCUGGGUAUAAGAUGGAGGGGCUCACAACAUUAACACCCCAACAGAUCUUGCUUCUCCAUUAGACACAGCUCUGGAUUCAGGACAGAGCAAGCAGGUCUCUGUGUCUCCAACUCCCAGCCCGCUUCCAGCUCAGUCACUCACAUCCCUAUGGCUACUGUUCUCCUUCCUAGCAGCUAGGACAGGGCCAGGUGGAGGGAAUGCCCACCCAUUGGCCCGGAGGGCAUCGUUCCUUAGCUCUUGCAACCUAGCCUAUUCUUUGGGGGUGCUGAUGAGGGCACUUUUAAGUGGUCAGCUGAGGUCAUGGUCUUACAAUGGAACUUCUCCCCAGUCAAAAUCUGGCUGCUUUAAAGGAAGUAAAAAAUAAAAAUAAAAAUGUCAGGGGAUUUGAUUGCAGACCUCCUCCAUCACAGGACACUUUUUGGCCCUUGUUCCUAGCCAGCUGUGUUGUGGAUUCAGAGGACAGGGAAACACUGGUGGUUGCCUAGCAACAGCAGGGAGAAACAUACCCCAUUCUCUUCCAGGCCAGCCCUAAGAGAGUUGGGAGGGUGCCCUGCGGUUGCUAGGCAACAGCAAAAGGCUUCAGUUCCAUCACCAACCUUUUGAGAUGGAACUAAUUUGGAAUAUACAGGGAUUGAGCACUCUACAAUCAAGGGGUGUACACAUUUUAUGAAAGAGGAUUAAAAACCGAGAUUAAAAUUUGCGUCCUCCGCCUAGUUGGCAAGACCAACUUUGCAGAGCGUAAAAUGGCUGAGUUUUGAGUUCACAGAGGGAUUCGAUGCUGCCUCUUUUUAGGCCUCAGGCAGAAUUGGGAGUGCCUAGUUCCCUACUAUAAACAGUAAUUAUCUCACAUGUGAUGUAAUGUUAGGCAGAUUGGAUGCAGACUGUGGAUAGCAAGCAUGCAUGCCUUAAGUCUCCAGGGGUGGUCGAACGAUGGAGAACUUGUUAAACUCAACUGAGUCAGGAAUGGUAUUUCCUUUUAUCGUCUGUGACGGAUGUCUUCUAGAGCCUCCCAACUUUAGGUAUUUAUUACCCCGCCCUUCAACAAGAUUUACAUGUAAGCUGCUGUUCGCUCAGUCUCGGUUCACACACACACACACACACACACACACACACACCCCGCUAGCAAAAUAAGGUUAAGAAUAGUAGGGAAUGUUGUAUACCACCAUGAUGCUUUUUUUAAAAAAUGGUUUGGUGAUUUAUUUUAUACACACACACACACACACACACACACACACACACACAUAUAUAUACACACACACACACACACACAUAUACAUAUACACACACACACACAUAUAUACAUAUACAGUGGUACCUCGGGUUACAUACCCUUCAGGUUACACAUGCUUCAGGUUACAGACUCCACUAACCCAGAAAUAGUGCUUCAGGUUAAGAACUUUGCUUCAGGAUGAGAACAGAAAUUGUGCUUCAGCGGCGUGGCGGCAGCAGGAGGCCCCAUUAGCUAAAGUGGUGCUUCAGGUUAAGAACAGUUUCAGGUUAAGAACGGACCUCCGGAACGAAUUAAGUACUUAACCCGAGGUACCACUGUACACACACACAUAUACACAUCCCUGAAAUAAUUAAGUAAAUAAACUGCCAUAUGCCAAGUCAGCCCAUUGGUCCAUUUAGCCCCAUUAUGUCUACACUGACCGGCAGCAGCUUUUCAGGUGGGAUUCUGCUCCAGCCCUACACUGAGACGCCAGGGGUCAAGCCUGGGGCCGCCUGAAUAUAAAUCAUAUGCUCUGUCACAGAUUUCCCUCUCAUAGGAGGCUGCUUUAUACUGAGUAAGGCCACUGGCCCAUAUAGCUCAAUAUUGUCUACGCUGACUGGCAGCAGCUUCUGAACUUUCAUUACAACAGGUCGCAUCCACAACAUAAAUUUAAAGUGCUUUCCCCAAAGAAUCCUGGGAGCCACAUUUUGUUAAGGGAAGUAUAACUCUGUGAGGGAUGAGCUAAAGUUCCCAGCAUUCUUGGGGCAGAGGGAACUGUGUGCUUAAAAUACAGUGGUACCUUGGUUCUCAAACGCCUUGGUACUCAAACAACUUGGAACCCAAACACUGCAAACCUGGAAGUAAGUGUUCCAGUUUGCGAACCUUUUUCAGAAGCCAAACAUGCUCCGUUUCAAGUGUUACGCUUCCAUUUUGAGUGCCACACUUCCAUUUUGAGUGUUACACUGAGGUCUGUCUGUUUUUGCUAUUUAUUUUGCGGCUCUUUUUGUUUUGUUUUUGUGACUGUGUGGAACCCAGUUCAGCUACUUAUUGAUUGAUUGUGUGACUGCAGUACAUUGUUUAUUGCUUUCAUUUUAUGGUUCAAUGGUCUCGUUGGAUAGUAAAAUUCAUGUUAAAUUGCUGUUUUAGGGGUUGUAUUUUAAAGUCUAGAACGGAUUAAUCCAUUUUGCAUUACUUUCUAUGGGAAAGCGCACUUUGGUUUUGGAACGCUUUGGUUUUGGAACGGACUUCCGGAACGGAUUAAGUUUGAGAACCGAGGUACCACUGUAUGUGGUAUGGAUUUGACUACAGUCAUACCUCGGGUUGCGAACGCUGUGGGUUGCGCGUUUUCAGGUUACGGACGCGCUGAACCCGGAAGUACCGGAACGAGUUACUUCCGGGUUUCGGCACAUGUGCAGAAGCGCUAAAUCGUGCUUUGCACAUGCACAGAAGCGCCAGAUUAUGUCACGCGCAUGCGCAGACGCAGCGCUGCGGGUUGCGAACGUGCCUCCUGGAUGGAUCACAUUCGCAACCCAAGGUUCCACUGUACAGUGGUACCUCGGGUUAAGUCCUUAAUUCGUUCCGGAGGUCCGUUCUUAACCUGAAACUGUUCUUAACCUGAAGCACCACUUUAGCUAAUGGGGCCUCCUGCUGCUGCCACGCGAUUUCUGUUCUCAUCCUGAAGCAAAGUACUUAACCCAAAGUACUAUUUCUGGGUUAGUGGAGUCUGUAACCUGAAGCGUAUGUAACCCAAGGUACCACUGUACAGUUUUAGCCUAGAAUAUACAGUUGCUUACUUCAGAGCCCAAUCGGACUAAAUUCCCUCUAUUUCCAGUGUUGAAGCUAUGAGAGCUGUUGUUUAUGUUGUCAAAAACACAGCAUCCAGGCACAAGAUGGGAGCACCAGCAAGCUUGGGGAAAUCUUGAGACUGUGCAGAAGUACCCCGAUAAACCAGCUUAUCCUAAAGGUUCAUCCUUCCCAGUUACUCCACCAGCUCCAGACUUUGCCUUAGAUACCAGCUGUCAACACCUACUGACAGCAGGACUCUCCCUUUGGGUGCUGACUCAGGCUCAGUCAAUUUCGCACAUGUGGCGAGACAUAAUCUGCUUUCUAAACUGCUCAAACCAGAAUGCAUACGGUAGUUCAUUGAAAGCGAGCAGUUUGUAUAGACCUUAAGCAAAGACACAUAGCUUCUACAGUUUCAGUAUUCUGUCCUAGGCUGCCUGUACACCAUACACUUAAAACUAAGAAUUCUGGAAACUAAAGUUUGUUUCUUGGUGCCAGGAAUUAUAGCCCUGCGGGGGUAAACUAUAGUUUCCGGAAUGAGGAGAAUCCUAAAACAAUCCGAAAAGGGGGUCGGGCCCUUUUAACUCAUUAUUGUUUAACUGCCCUUCACCCUAGGGUCCCACGGCAGGUUACAACAUUUAAAACACAGUUUAAAACACUCCACACCGCAACAUUUUGUUCUGAGUGAGCACGUCCCAUAUUUUUCUAUAAUAAUAUCAAGUGCCUUUAUUGCCAGGGUGGAUAAAAAUCAAUGAUUUUUUUAAAAAAUCAGAUUCUUUUAUUUAAAUUGGAUUGUUUUUAAUUUAAAUCAGAUUUUUAAAAUAAAAUGCUUUUGGAGGAAAAAUAUUUCUAAAGACAGUUUUCUAUUUAAGUUACAUUAUAGUCCAAAGGCUAUUCAUCAGGAAAUAAGGAUUUGCUUAAAAUUUUUCAUGUGCGCUAAAACUCAGUCUAAGUUUUUGGGGUUUUUUUAAUUGGUUAACCACAUUGGUUAACAAACAUGGAUCCAUAUGCUAUAAUGUUAUUGUUUUAGUUAAAUAAACAGUUUAAAUUGUUAUUAAGGAAAUGAUUGUUUUUCUCCUUCCAAUAAAAGUACAGCAGAAAAGUUGCCCAAAUAUAAACAGUUAACUUAUUAAACCUCACAAUAAUUUCAUAAUUAUCUGUCUAUGUAUUUCUAAUAAUAUAAUCAAAUCAGAAUUUUUUGUAAAAACUACUCUGAAAAUUUAUAAUUCCAAAAAUGAAACCUUCCUCUGGUUGUAAAAAUUAAGAUUAUACCAGCAAGAAUGAGUCUUUCUGUAAAAAAAUGAUUUAAAUCAAAUCCACCCUGUUUGUUGUAACCUCGUGCAUUUUGUUCAUCUCAUCCAUGGAGAAAAUCUAAGGUUUUAAUCCUCCACAUUUCUAGUUAAGAAGAGCUCUCGGGUGAUGGGUGAUAUGAACGCCUCCUGCUGAGACCCCCUAUGACUGCUGCCAGUCAGUCAUCAGGGCUUGACAAGAUGGUCUGAUUCAACCUCAGGCAGCAUGAUACAACCCUAAAAAGUAGGCUAUCGCCUGCAAAUAAGGUUGCCAACUUUUAAAAGCGGUGCUUUAAAAACAGCCUUGGCACUCGGUGCCAUAAAUAGACAUUCCUACACCUGAGACAAGCUCUCUGAACUCUUCACCCCCUUUGGCCGGAACCAAUGCUGGGUUAAGGCACAUAGUCAUGGGCUUUUUAAAGAUAUUACUGGGGAAAUGGUGUUGAAGCUGCUUAGGCAAGACUGCUCCUGUUGAGAGGUGCUUGCGAGUAACCCCUGCUGGCUGCUGCCACUGUUUGAUGUCAUGCCCCCCCUCCCCAAUUUUAUCCUUCUUGACAAAGCUGAAUGUGCUACGCUGGGUUAGGCUGCAGGUGUGGCCUGCUGCCCUGACUAAGCCUCCGAGAAAGCUGACGUCUAGCUUUUUUAAUCUACUAUCUGGAAAGCUUUAUAUAUUUAGUAGGCUCAUUUUGCUUUCUUCAUCCACGGAGAUCAGGAAGGCUUAAACCCUUUUAGAACCAGAGAGCCACAUUCUCUUGUGUGCAAGAUUCUGGGGGCCACAUGUCUGUUGUGGGCCAGGCCAGGGGCAAAAGUGAGUAGAGCAAUGAAUGCAGUUUUUACUUUGGUACAUUAAACUACCGGUACCUUCUAUACACACACCUCUGUGUCCUCGACCCAAACAAGCGUGAGGCAUUAUCAAGACACAUUCCAGCCAGGCAAAAACAUUUGGGGCAUGAAGCAGGACCAGUGCAGGGUAUGGCCUGAGAAAUAUGCUAAGGGACGGAUAGAGAGGCCUGGAAAGCUGCAUUUGACCCCUAGGCCUGAGGUUCUUAAGUGGUUCUUUCCAUUGUUAUUGUUGUUUAGUUGUUUAGUCGUGUCUGACUCUUCGUGACCCCAUGGACCAGAGCACGGCAGGCACCUCUGUCUUCCACUGCCUCACGCAGUUUGGUCAAACUCAUGUUCAUAGCUUCGAGAACACUGUCCAACCAUCUUGUCCUCUGUCGUCCCCUUCUCCUUGUGCCCUCCAUCUUUCCCAACAUCAGGGUCUUUUCCAGGGAGUCUUCUCUUCUCAUGAGGUGGCCAAAGUAUUGGAGCCUCAGCUUCAGGAUCUGUCCUUCCAGUGAGCACUCAGGGCUGAUUUCCUUAAGAAUGGAUAGGUUUGAUCUUCUUGCGUUCUUCCCACAGACAUCUUUUAUCACAACAACCUUGUGAGGUGGGAUAGACUCAAAGAUUAUGGCCCAGGGUCUCCCCAUAAGCUUCAGGAACACUGAGCGCCAGGGGAAUUGUCAUAGCUCAGUAGCGCAGCACAUGCUUUGGGCUGGGGGAAACUGAAAUUCUUACCUUGAAUUCCUCUUCCCGGGCUUCUUUGAGGGCAUUCCUAGUACAGUGGUACCUCAGUUUUCGAAUGUAAUCCGUUCCGGAAGUCCAUCCAAGUUCUAAAACAUUCCAAAACCAAAAGCCUCAAAACUGAAAACUCAAAACAGAAGCCGCGUUUCCUGUUCGACUUCCGAGGUGCGUUCGAAAACCGAGGCAUUUAUUUCUGGGUUUUGGGCAUUCGAGUUCCGAAACGUUUGACUACGGAGGCGUUCGAAAACCGAGGUACUUCUGUAUGCACAAAACAAAGGGCAGACGGAUGGGUGGUCAACAGUUUCUUGGGCUAGGAAAAACUCCCUUUUGAAACCCUGCAGUCACCGCCACUCAGAAGAGACCAGGGCUUGGGGGAUCUUCAGCCCUCCAGUUGCUGUUGGACUCCAACUCCCAACAGCCUCAGCAGUCAUGGCUAAUAGUCAAGAAUGAUGGGAGUUGUAGUUCAGCAACAUCUGGUGGGCCAAAGUUUCCCUCGAUAGACGAUACUGAGCUAAAUGACUGGAGUUGUUCAAUGGGUGGGGACUUCAGCCAGGAUCUCUUACAUUCUAAUCUGACCCUCUAACCACUACUGCACAAUGCUGGCUCAUCUUUAAUUAUUCCAUGCUGAAAGGAAAACAUUACAUAAUGAUAAUUACAGGUAUUUAAAUAAUAUUAUUACAGCAUGAUCUUUGAUGCCUGUUGCCCCCAGACAGGGUUGCACCCAGGAAAAGUAUCCUCAACGCCCCACCUAGCUGUGUACUUCUUCACAUGGUGUGUAAUUAACUUGUGGGACUCACUGCCACAAGAUGAGGCAAUAUAUUCAUUAUUCUUAUUGCAUUUAUAUCCCACCUUUUCUUCCACAGUACUGUGAGGUAGGUUAGACUGGGAGGAAGCAACUGGCUCGAGCCCACCUAGUGAGCUUCACAGCUGAAGGGGGGGUUCAACCUGGUCUCCCAGGUCCUAGUCCAACACUAACCACUACACCACUCUGCCUCUGCUGUCAUGGCUUCCCCCCCAAAAAUCCUGAGCACUUUAGUUUUUAAUGAUGUUGAGAGUUGUCAGGAAACCCCUCACUGAAAAGUGGAUGAAAGGCUGAUGGUAUAAGCACCCCUCAAAUCAAAAUGACUACAUGAUGAAUGAAUUGGGAUAAUUAUAAAUAAUAUAAUUAUAAUAAUGAAUGUAAUCACUCAUAAUCAUCAUCAAUAAAUAAUAAUAGUGGUCAUGCUCUUUGUCACAUAACUAUCCCAGAACAAAUGCCCAAUAAACACAGAUAAGAGCUCAGCAUUGCACACACUGAUUUGCAGCAGCUCUCUCAGGCCUACCUCAAAUCAAUCAAAAUAAGCUUUACUGUACUAGCCAAAGGCCAUGACAAAACCAUGCAAACACUGUCAGGAAAAGAAAUAUCUAUAUAACUAUACAACUGUAUAUAAAAAGCAGAGCCGCUACCUGAACCAACCCAAUCAUAAAAUGCAGAUGUACGUGUAGAUUGGGGACUUCACAAAGCAUGCAAUAUUUUUCUCUUUAGACCUUACAGUUUACAGUGGUACCACAGGUUAAGAACUUAAUUCGUUCUGGAGGUCCGUUCUUAACCUGAAACUGUUCUUAACCUGAAGCACCACUUUAGCUAAUGGGGCCUCCCGCUGCCACCACACGAUUUCUGUUCUCAUCCUGAAGCAAAGUUCUUAACCCGAGGUACUAUUUCUGGGGUUAGUGGAGUCUGUAACCUGAAGUGUCUGUAACCCAAGGUACCACUGUACUGCAAUUUUGUCCAGGUGGUUCUUCCUGAUGCAUUAGACACGGGUCAGCAAACUUUUUUCAGCAGGGGGCCUGUCCACUCCCCCCCCCCCCAGACCUUGUGGGGGGACCGGACUAUAUUUUGAGAGAAAAAUAAUGAACGCAUUCCUGUGCCCCACAAAUAACCCAGAGAUGCAUUUUAAAUAAAAGGACACAUUCUACUCAUGUAAUAACAUGCUGAUUCCUGGACCGUCCGCAGGCCGGAUUUAGAAGGCGAUUGGGCUGGAUCCGGCCCCUGGGUCUUAGUUUGCCUACCCAUGCAUUAGCAUAACUGAGCAGCCACAGAACCCUCUCCUACCUGGAGGUGCCAGGGAUUAGACCUGGGAGCUUUGUCCAUGCAAGGCAGGUCCUCUUCCACUGACCCAUGGAUUUUCCCCAAAUAAAUAUCCAUUAGACGGAGUUGCUCCAUCUGUUUUAGGAUUGUCAACAUUGAUUGGUUCUCCAGGGUUUCAAACCGGGAAUCUCUCCUAACCCUACCUAGAGAUGGAAACCAGGGAUUGGGCCUAGGACCUUCUGCUUGCAAAGCACUGAGCUAAAAGGCUUCCCCCCAGAAAAAACAUAAGGCAGCUUCCUAUGUCCCUUGGCUUUUUAAAGGUGCCACAACAACAAGGCUCUUUGUUUUCAGGGCAAACCCCCAAGAGGUGAUAUUAAGAGAUGUUUGCAGAGGAACAGGCCUGACACCCCAAACUAAUAAUAGCUGCCUUGCCUGCUUUAUGUUAAGAGGGAAGAAGCCAAGCAGAAGGUGGGGCUGGUGAGAGAGGCUGUCUAAACUUGGCUCUCCAUUGGGGCUUGUCUGUCCCACUGGGGUGAAGUCAGCUGUCUCAGCCCAGAUUCUCCAGGGCUGCUUCACCCUCUCCAAAAAUACGGCUUUGCAGGGCACGCAUUGCAACACCAGCAGCAGCACUAAAGCGCUUAUAAAUAGAGGGCAAGCAGCUGCCUAGAACUUCAGAGAAGUUUCGCGGCUCUUACGAAAGAGGUUUAUUUAAGCUCCUGUGUGAGCAACAGGAGAGGGAGUUUUUUCAUCAGGAGAUCACAGCAGCCAGGUGCUUUUGCUUUUCAACCUUGCGGCCAAAGGAUUGCUCGCCUCCUCUCCGGAAUUCAAAAGCAAACAGGAGCUCCUCUGGUUCAUUUCUCAGCAUUGAAGAGGUGCUUUCUCAUUUCAGAUUUGCAGACGGAAACAUUUUCAUUUUGGGUGCUUUAAAAGCGGGGAAGUAUCCAGGUAUCGAACCAGGACCUUUGAAGCUGAAAUUUCACAUACAGCACUUGAGUGAUAUUUUUGGGCCCUGAACCAAAUUCAAUCAAGUUAUCUUUCUUGGAUUUUUCUCUCCCUUAGUCUCUGACUCUUCUCGGCUCCGACUCAGAAGAAACUUGUCAUGGCUGACAGCCAGAUCCCCUUCUCAUGCCAUUAUCCCGGCCGGCACCGGACCCUUCGAGACACGUUCCGGGAACCCAGCUUGUCUUCGCGGCUUCUGGACGAUGACUUUGGCCUGUCCUCCUUUCCCACAGGCCUGACCUCAGACUGGCCGGACUGGACCCGCUCCCGACUGGGUCCAGCGUGGCCGGGGUCGCUGAGGUCCCGGACCACUGGCCUAUCCCCGCCAGGAUAUGGCCCCAGAUUUGGGGAGUACCCGGAAGGUCCGGCCUUUGGAGGCAGCCCUCCCCCCUUUUCUGGGGAGCCGUGGAAAGUGUGUGUCAACGUGCAGAGCUUUAAACCCGAGGAACUGAUGGUGAAAACAAAGGACGGUUAUGUGGAAGUCUCAGGUGAGUGAUGGGGAAAUUAAGUAGAGGGGUGCCAUUUUGGAUUUGGGGUGGGAAGGUGCAUGUCAGAUCAAGCGUUCGAAAUGUGUGUAAGACUAAGAACCCAUCUUCACUACCCAGUUAAGGCCGUGUCAUCACAUCUUAUUUAUUAUUUGUUUUAUUGCAUCUAUAUUAUCCCACCUUUCCCCCCUCAUGGAGACGUAUGUGAUUCUUCGCUUCCUUCUUUAACCUCCACAACCACCCUGUGAGGUAUGUGAGGCUUAAGAGUCAGUGACAGGCCCAAGGUUACCUAGUGAGCUACAGGGCCAAGGGAGGAUUUGAACCUGGGUCUCCAGUUCUUAAUCUGAUGCUCUAACCACUAAAUUGCUGACUUUGCAGUCAUGGCAUCCCCCAAAGGAUCCUGAGAACUGUAGGUUUUAACAGUGUUGAGAGUUGUUUGGAGACUCCUAUUCCUCCCAGAGAGCUGCAAUUCCCAGAGCGGCUAGAGAAACCCAGCCAGAUGGACAGGGUAUUAUUAUUAUUUUUAUUAUUAUUAUUAUUUAUUAGAGUUCCCUGAGAAGAGGGAUUGACUGUUGAACCAUGCUGGGAAUUGUAGUUUUGUGAGGGGAAUAGGGUCUCCUAACAACUUUCAGCACCCUUAACAAACUGCCUAGGAUUUUUGGGGGGGUGGGGGAAGAAAUAUAUGUUGCUGAUUGAACAGCCUUCGCUAUCUCCAGAAAGCACCUAUCGUGAUUCAUUUUAUAAUCUCCAAAUUCACUGAAAUUCAAUUCCCGUUUGAAGAUGGGGAGGCGGGGAAACUAAUCAACCAAAGCCUCUUUUUUUCAUCGCCCCAACCAGGGGGGGAAAUGAAUUAAUGUGCUUUAAUAGGAUUUUCUGGGAUCUGUGCAUUAAUACUGUAAUAAUAAUAUAACAGGCUUCCUCAACCUCGGCCCUCCAGAUGUUUUGAGACCACAAUUCCCAUCAUCCCUGACCACUGGUCCUGCUAGCUAGGGAUCUUGGGAGUUGUAGGCCAAAAACAUCCGGAGGGCUGAGGUUGAGGAAGUCUGAUAUAAUAAUAAAAAAUUACUAUUUAUAUGCUACCCAUCUGAUAUUAAAGUAUCUAUAUACCACCCACUCCUAUAAAAUACCUAGGUGAUGUGUAAGAAUGUAGAGGAAUGCAGUGAAGCCUAAAGGAGUGUUGAAAACAAUGCAGAAUGAUCACUAACGUGACUGGCUCUUUAUAAGAAUAAUUCAACAGCUGCAAAGACCUGAACAAGGGUCUUCAAGAGACAAAGUUGAAAGCGAGGAGGCCUCUGCUUUCCGCAGCAUGGGGUUAGUGACAUUCAAUCCCCGACAUCUAGUUGAAGCCUGUCAGGCUUCUGAGACAGGGAGAAUGAAAGCAAAGUGCGUCAUUUGAUUCCUGGCCGGUUGCCACAUGUGUGAACUGCUUGUUUUCGAGAUGCCUUCUGUUUGGAGUUCUGUGGUUCCUAGGAAGCUGGUUUAUACUGAGUCAGACCAUUGGUCCACCUUGCUCACUACUGUCUACACUGGCUGGCAGAGGUUCUCCAGGGUUUCAGGCAAGGGAUCUCUCCCAGCCCUCGCUAGGGAUGCUAGGGAUUGAACCCGGGACCUUCUGCAUGCAAAGCAGAUGCUCUACCACUGUGCUACGUCCCUUCCCUGAUAUAAAAGGAGCAUAGGAAGCCAUCUUGUACCAAGUCAAGCCAUUAAUCCAUCUAGCUCAAUACUGUCUACAUUGAGAAGGAGCAGUUAUUGGGGGUUUCAGGCAAUGAGUAUUUCCCAGUCCCAGGAAUCCAACCUGUGCUUUUCUGCAUGCAAAGCAACUGCCCUAACCACUGAGCUAUGGCACUUCCCCAGUAGUGUUUUGUUUUUGUUUUUAAAUCUGAAGCUGCCCAGCCUCGCUGGAUAGUUUAGUCCAGGGGUCUGCAACCCGCGGCUCCGGAGCCGCAUGUGGCUCUUUUACACCUUUGCCGCGGCUCCGGGGCAGAUACUAGCGAGGGGAGGAGGCGCAUUGUGUGUCCCGACACUCCCCACUGUGACGGGCGCUGUACUGGCUGUGACGUCGCAUGGGGGCGGGGCGUGCGUUAGCCCCGCACCGGCCCGACAGCCCCUGCCCGCCCGCCCGCUACAUUGUAAGGGGCAUCUACGCUGGUCACUGCAUUGAAAGGGGGCAUGUACGCUGGUCACUGUUUUGAAGGGGAGUGAAGAACACACACACACACAAAGGUAACUUGUUAAUUUAAUGUUUAUUUCUAUGAGGAGGAGUAAUUCUGAGGGGUCAAACAAAGAAAUAAUAAAAAAGUGACAAAAAGGUUAUUUUUAUAAUGACGAGUUUUGCGGCUCCCAGUUGUUUUUUCUUCGGAAACGGGUCCAAGUGGCUCUUUUUGUCUUAAAGGUUGCAGACCCCUGGUUUAGUCAUCAACAUGCAUGUCUGAACCAGUUCUAAGAUUCCCCCAUCCACAGUGCAUGUAAAUUAUACACUAGAUCAUAUUAGCUGGGGCUGAGGCAAGUUGUGGUCCAAAACAAUAUGGAAGGCAUCAGAUGAUGGUGAUGAUUAGAUUGAUGCCACUUAUAUGACAAAAUGACUUGUUCUAAGUGGUUUGCAAAUAUGAAGCCAAUCCAUAAUUUAAAUGCGCACUCACACACACACACACACAAUCACGUUAAAGCAUCCUCAGUUAAAAUAGUCAAUAAAACAAUUUGGAAGCAUGACAGUUAAUACAGUUUUUAAAAAGAAAAGAGAAGAAAACAGUUACAAUGAUAAAAUCACAAGUUCAGCUCAGGGGAACGCUUCCCUAAACAGGAGUGCCUUCAGGAGCCAGCGGAAUGCCAAUAGUGAUGGGGCCUCUCAUAUUUCAGCAGGUGCCUCCAGUGAAAAAGCCUGCCUCUGUGUUACCACACACCACUAGUCAUUGGCUGGGGAAAGCUGGUCUAAUCAGUUUGGCACUGGAAUGUGCGUAACACUGUACAUGCAUUCACCAUCCCCAUGCGAUGCCAUGUGCUAUGACAGCACACAGAUGCCCACUCAAGGCAAGAGAUAUCUGGGGUCAAGGUAUUCCUGCAUUGAUUUUUAAGUUCGGGACAUCCCUUAGGUCACUUCCAAACAAUCUCUUUAUGAGCAUUCAUCGUGAUUGGUUUUCAGGGAGGUUAGACAAAGCCAGCUAUUUGAUGACCAUCGUAUUGACCAUAUGGUGUUCUCCUACAAAUCGCGGCCAUCGUACACCCUUCUCUCAGUUUGGAUUUCCUCAUACCAGGGGCACUCCAAAAAGGAGAAGAGGGUAUUUAAAAAAAUCCAGAUUGAAGGAGGAGAAGGUGUGUGAAGACAGUGAUUUAGAGGAGAAAUAUCAUACAAACAACGGAGAAUACGCAGACGUACAGGAAACUGGCUAUCAACAUUGAACGACAGUAUGGAUGGGCCUUGAAUCUCACCCGCAAAUAGCAGCCAUCUGGGAGACCUGCUGUGUACAAACUAUACUUUUAAAACGCACUUGAAGCGCAUCCUUUCCCUCAAAGAAUUCUGGGCAGUUUAAGGGUUGCUGGGAAUUUUAACUCUGUGAGGGGUGGAACUACAGUGCCCGUCAUUCUCUGAGGAAAGGAAUGUGUUUUGAAUGCCUUUUAAAGUAUAGUGUGCAAACAGUUUUAAUAAGGUUGUUGAUGGAUGGCAAUCUCUGUCUCUCUCUCCCUACAUUAUUCUGCACAUCAACAGGUGGUUCAUGGAUAAUCACAGGGCUGGUCAGGGAUCCGGCCUGCCUAGAAUAAAUACCCAUGUUCUGUGUGGUGACUGAAAUCUAUGCUGAAUGUACUGAGGCCAUUUUCACGCUAUACAUUUAAAAUGCUAUGAUACCACUUUCACUGCUUCCUCCCAAAGAAUUCUGGGAGUUGCAGUCUGUUCAGGGUGCUGAGAGUUGUCAAGAGACCCUUAUUCCCUUCCCGGAACUAUAAUUCCCAGAGUUGCCCAGGAAGGAGGAAUGGCUGAGGCGACCCAGUCAGAUGGGCAGCAUAUAAAUAACCAAUUGUUGUUGUUAAACCACUCUGGGAAUUGUAGCUUUGCAAGGGGCAAAGGGGGUCUCCUCUCAGCACCCUUAGCGAACAACAGCUCCCAGAAUUCUUUGGGGGAAGCUGAGGAUGUUUAAAAUGUCGCCAUAGUGCUUUAAAUGUGCGGUAUGAAUGUGGCCUAGGGAGAGAAUGUCAGCAGCAGCAGCUGUUUCUCCAGAGCCGUAUCUGAGGUGGAUUCGCUCCUGCUGAGGCUCUUGCUAGUUCACCCAGAAGCUGUUGGGAAUGACGGCAGAGACAACCUGUCUGCCAUGAGGGCAGUCUGUGGGUAGACUCUUGCCAGGGAAUUCCAUUCCGUAGAGAUUUUCUGAGCGUUUUUAUGGCGGUGCCUCAGACAGCAGCUGUUCCUGGCGAUGCUGGAGCCUCAUGUAUAAAACGAUGUACAGCAUAGAGAAAAGUUUGUCUCCCUCUCUGAUAACACUGAAACCCAGGGGAAUCCAACAAAGCUGAAUGCUGGAAGAUUCAGGACAUAUUAAUUUCAUAAAAUCAUUGCUUGAUUGUUGGGUUUAAAAAGCACCUCAAAGUGGUUUACAGAAAGAUAAAAUCCAUGCCAGCGUUUCUAGGAAUCUGGGUAGGCUUGUCUAAACAAGAAUGUGUUUAGCAGGCGCUGAAAGACAGAAGAAAUGGCUUCUUUGUACAGUACAUAGUUGAACUACAGAACUCGCUCCCACAGGAACUUGGAUUUGUUAAAAGACUUUUGGACCAAUUCAUGGAGAAGUAUCUCAUUGGCUAGUAGCCACGAACCUAUCCUCCACUCCUAUGCUUAGCACAAAGGCUGCAACCGGAUUCAUGGCUUCAAGCGAGAGUUGCCCACUAGUGAAAUGUGAUCAGAAGCAAAACAGGGAGCAAAUAUGAAGAUACAGUGGUACCUCGGGUUAAGUACUUAAUUCGUUCUGGAGGUCCGUUCUUAACCUGAAACUGUUCUUAACCUGAAGCACCACUUUAGCUAAUGGGGCCUCCUGCUGCUGCCGUGCUGCCGGAGCCCGAUUUCUGUUCUCAUCCUGAAGCAAAGUUCUUAACCCGAUGUACUAUUUCUGGGUUAGCGGAGUCUGUAACCUGAAGCGUCUGUAACCUGAAGCGUAUGUAACCUGAGGUACCACUGUACUUGGUUGUGUCUAGUGCUAAUCCUACUCAUUGUAGACUCAUUGCCAUUAAUGAACAUGACCAAUUUAGGUCCAUUCAUCUCAAUAGUUCUACUCAUAGUAAAAUUUAGUUGGCUUUUCUUUAUACAGUGGUACCUUAGUUCUCAAACCUAAUCCGUUCCAGGAGUCCAUUCGACUCCUGAAACCAUUCGAAAACCAAGGCACGGCUUCCGAUUGGCUGCAGGAGCUUCCUGCACUCAAGCAGAAGCCGCGUCUGACGUUCAGCUUCCUAAAAACAUUUGCAAACCAGAACACUCACUUCUGGGUUUGCAGUGUUCAGGAGCUGAUUUGUUCGACAACUAAGCCGUUUGGGAACCAAGGUACCACUGUAUGUGUAUUUAAUACAGAGAUAUACCACCCCACCUUGGUAUCUCGCUACCAUUCGGUAGCUAGGAGAAAACAAUCCAGGUACAAGGAUUGGCCAGGUCAAAAAUAGACGCAGCAGCUGAACAGCAUAUCAGUAACGCCCGCAGUAACUGGAGCACAGCAUGUUUUUAAAUCACUGCUGGGUGCUGCCCUGGCUGGCAAAGACCUGCAUCUCUCUUCCCUUAUUAUUAACCUGUAGGUAGAGUUUUAAAAGAUUCCUGUCCAGCCACGCAUUUGGUGUCUGAGCGUAAUAAAAAUCUCGUUGGAUCAGGCCAAAGGUCCAUCCUGUUCUCACAGUGGCCAGUCAGAUGCCUCUUUGGAAACCCACAAGCAGGUCCUGGGGGCAACAUCACCUCUCUCCAGUUUUGAUUCCCAAUGACAGGGUACCCUGCCUCUGACAGUGAAGGUAGAACACAGCCAUCAUGGUUAGGUAAAGGUAAAGGGACCCCUGACCAUUAGGUGCAGUCAUGGCUGACUCUGGGGUUGUGGCGCUCAUCUCGCUUUAUUGGCUGAGGGAGCCGGUGUACAGCUUCCGGGUCAUGUGGCCAGCAUGACUAAGCCGCUUCUGGCGUACCAGAGCAGCGCACGGAAACGCCGUUUGCCUUCCCGCCGGAGCGGUACCUAUUUAUCUACUUGCACUUUGACGUGCUUUCGAACUGCUAGGUUGGCAGGAGCAGGGACCGAGCAACGGGAGCUCACCCCAUCGCGGAGAUUCGAACCGCCGACCUUCUGAUCGGCAAAUCCUAGGCUCUGUGGUUUAACCCACAGCAUCAUGGUUAGCAGUCAUCAAUAACUGCAUCCUCUAGGAAUUUGUCUAAGCCUCCUUUAAAUGCACCCAAUUCGGCAGCCGUCCCUGCCUCCCGUUGCUCAGUCCCAGCUCCUGCCAACCUAGCAGUUCGAAAGCAUGCUAAAAAGUGCAAGUAGAUAAAUAGGUACCGCUCUGGCGGGAAGGUAAAUGGCGUUUCUGUGCACUGCUCUGGUUUCGGUGUUCCGUUGCACCAGAAGCGGCUUAGUCAUGCUGGUCACAUGACCCAGAAAAACUGUCUGCAGACAAACACUGGCUCCCUAGACCUAUAAAGCGAGAUGAGAGCCGCAACCCCGGAGUCAUCUGCCACUGGACUUAACUGUCAGGGGUCCUUUACCUUCACCUUUUUAUGUUAUAUAAUGCGGCCAGAAAAGGGGGGGGGGAAUGGCAGCAUCGUAGGAUAAGGGUGGGAAGUCAGCUUUUAAAUUUGAAUUACUGUAUUUUCCCGUGUAUAAGACUAUAUUUUUUCCUAAAUUUUUCAAGUUUAAAAUAAGGGGUUGUCUUAUACACGGAUAGUGCAUAGUGCAUUUUCUUAAUUUUGAGUCCCAAAAAAUAGGGGCAUCUUAUACACGGGAGGGUCUUAUACAUGGGAAAAUACAGUAAUUUGAGGUUUAUUUGUUAACAAUUUUGAAAAAUUAAUAAAAACUAAUGAGCAAAAAAACCAUUAAUUUAGUUUGAGAAUAUUUGGCUUUUUAUAUAUUAUAUAGAUAGAUAUAUGAUAUCACAGAGAGAGAGAGAGAGUUUAUAUUUCAUUGUUUGUCACCCUGGGCUCCUUUGGAAGAAAUGGGAUCAACAUUUAGUAGUUAAAAUAAUAAAUAAUCCUGCCUUGCUUCAGGGCAGAGUUCAGCUUGCAUCCCAUGCAAUUUACGCCCCAUGUUACCCCACUGUUUAUUUUAUUUAUACAAUCAUAGGCCACCCUAUAACCCAAGUUCUCUGGACAGUUUAUUUCUGUUUGUUUGUUUCUCAAGAUUUGUAGUAAAACCUGAAAGCAGUUUAAUAUAUAUAUAUAUAUAUAUAUAUAUAUAUAUAUAUGGAUUAAACAAUAUUGCAACAGCAAAAUGCCUUCAUUGUAGUUUAACAGAUCGCUUUUUUAAAAAGCCAUGAUAGAGAACAAAGGGAAAGAAACUUUUACAGGGACAAAUCAAUUUUUAAAAAGUAAAGGCAGAGGAAUGAAACCCCACAGAGCUGAAAUUGUGUAAAGUCAUAACAUUAUUUAGAAGGCAACAGUAAAAAAAAAAAUUGUCCUAACUCAACAUGAGGUGAGAUUGAGAGAGGCUGCAUAUGCACCAUACAUUUAAAGAACACACCACAAAAAAAAAAAAAUCCUGGGAAUUUUCAGAGCUACAAUUCCCAGAACCCUUAACAAACUACAGUUCCCAUGAUUCUUUGGGAGGAAACCAUGACUGCUUAAAGUGGGAUGGUACAGCUUUAAAUGUAUAGUGCAGAUGGAGCUGGUGUAAUUGCUAAUUGUUUCUUAAAACAUACUAGGUAAGUGGCCCUCCUCUGCAGACUGUGAUUUUGAUAAUUCCAUGCUAGAUUUGAAAAUGACGCUGGUGCUAUAUGAAUGAAAGAUCAAGUAGGCCACUGAGACUCCCCUACAAUUUUCAGAUGGUCUGCUUGGGAUGGGGGGCAAUGUUUGAGAACUGCUGCUUUAACACCCACCCCCAAGCAACAUGAAAUUAUAAUAACCAGCUGAGUUAACAAACCAGAAUGUGUGGCAAGCUUCAUGGAAAGUUGUUGCGCUGUGGAAUUCCUACACCAAAAAACUCCCCUCUGUUCUUUGCAGGUAAACAUGAAGAACAACAGGUGGAAGGCGGAAUUGUAUCCAAAAACUUUACCAAGAAAAUCCAGUAAGUAUUUCAUAACUUCAUUUCCCAGGGAAAUGGGUGGCACUGUGGUCUAAACCACUGAGCCUCUUGGGCUUGCCAAUCAGAAGAUCAAGGGUUUGAAUCCCAUGACGAGGUGAGCUCCCGUUGCUCUGUCCCAGCUCCUGCCAACCUAGCAGUUCGAAAGCAUGCCAGUGCAAGUAGAUAAAUAGGUACCACUGUGGCGGAAAGGUAAACAGCAUUUCUGUGUGCUCUGGCUCCCGUCACGGUGUUCCAUUGCGCCAGAAGCAGUUUAGUCAUGCUGGCCACAUGACCCGGAAAGCUGUCUGUGGAAAAACGCUGGCUCCCUUGGCCUGCAAGUAAGAUGAGUGCCACACCUCAUAGUCACCUUUGACUGGAAUUUAUCGCCCUGGGGUCCCUUACCUCACCUUACCUUACCUUACCAUACCAGGGAGCUUCUAAAUAGGUCUGGGGAAAGUAUAUUUCUGCCUGGGUCCAGUGCCACCGAUCAGCCAAGUCAGUGAGCCAAGGUCUCCAGCUUCUCAGAAGGGCUCCUCAUGACCCAGCUAUGCUGUCACUUACCACCCUCCUCACUGGGCACCUAGAUUUCAUAGAUCUAUAGGACAGGGCAUUCAAUUUUGGGCAAAUUAAAAGGGGGUGGGUCAUGCUGAUUGGGGCUGAUGGGAGCUGGAGUUCAACAACGACUUAGCCACGAGUUCCCCGACUCUGAGCCAACUCCAACUCCAGAUAUUUGGGAUUACAUCUCCCAUCAAUAGGGUUGCCAGACCUCCAGGGCUGACCUGAAGUCUCCAGGUUUUUCCUGGCCCCCUCCAGGUGGCAGAGAGAGGGCUUGAAUCUCCGGCUGGGAAUGCCUUCAAAGCAGGAGCAAACUACUAUGACUGCACCUUGCAAGCUUAAGCCUGGCAGAAGCAAGCUACAAAUGAUUACAUAGACUUUCUGAGGGGUCUGUCCUCCUCCUCCCCUCUCCCAAUUAACCUCUGUCUCCAAAGGUCAGUGGUGGGAGAGAGUGCAGAGGAAGAAUCACCAGGGCCUGUCACCAUGACAUCACCAGAGACCGCCAAUAGGUCUCAGGUUUGGGCCCUAAAAUCUCAGGGUCUGGGAUGCUCCUGACCUGACAACCCUACCCAUCAGCCCCAGAACAUCUGAAGGGCACUAAAUUAGUGGAAACCUGUUUUUAACAGAAAAAAUAAAUUGAUGGUUGCCUUUAGGUUAACUUCUCUGAACACUAGUUUGAUCAGGGUCAGCUGUUAGGGAUGCUGAAUGUAUUGUAUGCUGCAGAGGCCAGCCUGCUCUGGAUUUCAAGGAUAUGGGCUCCCUGCCUUGAACCGACAUUCAGGCUUUCCCCUUCCCCGCUUGGCAGGAUUUUAUUACAGAAUCAGCUCACCAGGCAAGCAGAUUGAAAGCCUCUCCUUACUUGCUCACUGACUCUUUGACCUCUGCCCAUCGCGCUCCUGGAACCUUUUCCUGUAAAGAUGAUACAGGGCUCUCUGGGUGCCAGUAAGGCUGGAGCAAUGUUGACCUUUCCUCCCGGCUGACAGCAGCGUGGUCACUCUCAUGGCUAUCUUGUGCUGAUGCUCUGAGCUGAUAGGCAUUUUGAGGAGCCCCCAGGCUGUCUGGAAACAGGUUAAUUGGGAGAGGGGAGGAAGAGGACAGACCCCUCAAAACACUGGAGUAGGGGCGUUCUGCACAUUCAUGGAAAUCCUUGGCCGUUCCCCACCCCUCACAGGACAAGGUGUCAUUUGGCCAGAGCUCCACGCUAUGGGGCAGUGAUUCCCAAAGCAGGUGGCACUGCCCUCUGGGCAGUGGGGGUUACCUUGAGGGGUGCUAAGAAGCCAGAGGCUAGCAGCAGGGGGGUGCCAGAGGUAUAAAUGACCAUCAGAUUCUUUGGGGGGAAGCUGUGGCUGUUUGAAGUGGUAUGAUACCACUUUAAAUGUACGGUGCAGAAGAGGCCUCCGUGUAGACAAUACUGAGCUACGUGGAUUUCCCAGGAGCCUUUGGGGGAAGCCUAGAUUGCUUAAAGUUGUAUCAUACUGCUUUCAAUGGAUGGUUCAGGUAGGGCUUUGAGCUCAGUCCUGGAGUUGCUUUGCAAAGCUGCUUCUUGAUGUCUAUUUUAGAAUCUAUGCCUCAUCAUGCUCUCGGGCCCUCAUUGUUUACUUUUAAGCGAUGAGUCAUGCUCCGGAACUUUCUCUGCCAUUAAGAAAAAAAUAGCAGCAGGGGACUGCAGGUCACAAAGGGUAGAAGAAUCUUCUCCAGGUUUACCAUCUCACUGAGAACCCAACUAGGCCAUGGUUGGCCUGUCUCUUGAGUUUCACAAGAGCUCCUUAUUUGGGCAUGCUUCUUUCCUGCUUGCACCGGCCAAAGUUUACUUUGAUGUGCUUGUACUCAGCUUAAACGAAGGCAUCCAGCCAAACCGGCUUGCCAAAGAAUUUGCACAGAUUUAACACAAAGCCUGUAUUACAAUACAACACCCCUUUUUUAAAAAAAAUGGGGGGGAAACAAGAAAAGCGAGCAUAAUCCCUCUCCUAAGCCUUUUCCCUUCUAAACUCUCCCCCCUUUAUGGAUACACACCACAAAUUUAAAACAUGUUUAAAGCACAUAGCUUCCUUCACAGAAUCCUGGGAGGUGUUGCUUUUACCCCAAUACAAAGCUACAAUUCCCAAAUUCUUAACUACAGUUCCCAUGACCCUUUUUUGGGGGGGGGAUCGUGUCCUUUCAAUGUAGGGUAUGUACCCAAUUAACAUUUAAGGCCAAAUGAUUAGCUACCAGGGAUGCCUAAUUCAUUCAUUGUUAGUUCUGUGGGUUAGUGGUAAGUAUGUCAGACCAGGGAGAUCAAGGUUCAAAUCCCUCACCCAGUCUAGCCUACCUCACAGGGUUGUUGCGGGGUUUAGACCAUGAGGAGAACCACCACGUUAACCACCUUGAGCUCCUCAGAGAAAGAGGUGGGAAAUAAAUGCAGUAUAUACAUACAAUAUAUGAUGAAGAAGAAAUUUAUUAGAAUUUAUAUGCAGCCUUCAGAUUGUUUAUCUGUUUGACGUCUGGUGAGAGGGCAUUCCACAGGGCGGGCGCCACUACUGAGAAGGCCCUGUUACUUAGUUCCCAGUGACAUCACUUCUCGCAGUGAGGGAACCACCAGAAGUCCCUCAGAGAUGGAUCUCGGUGUCUGGGCUGAAUGAUAAUAUGUGUGUUAUUUAUGAAUCAUUAUGUUCCCUCCCUAGGCUUCCUGGAGAAGUGGAUCCCGUCACAGUUUUCGCAUCCUUGUCACCAGAGGGGCUGCUGAUCAUCGAGGCUCCUCAAAUACCUCCUUACAUCCAGUACGGAGAUGGCAGCUAUGGUAAUGAAAUACCUCUGGAGAACCAAGAAGCAACUUGUGCCUGAAGGAUGGCCCAUCUAGAAGUUCCCAGCUCCCUUCAUCCCCACCCCCUGUUUCUCUCUCUACAUGCAUUUGCCACUUGAUGUUGUACAUUUUUUUUUCUUAUAAAGAGCAUUUUUCCUCCUCAAAACAUUCUGCUGCUUCCUCCCAGUAUUCCAAUCAGAUCAGUGUGUGGCUUUCGUAUCAGUAGCCUUUUAAAAUCACAUGACCCAGGUCCUUGCCACAAGUAGGGCAUUCCCCUCUAGGCAGCCACAUGUCAGUGGUAAGCGGGGCAAGAAAUGCUAAUUUCACCUUUGUGUGGCCAGAUAGUUUCUGCACACACAGGCACGCAAACACCACUCCCGCCAUCUAGCCAAGCAAAACGGCAUUAUCGGGGUUCAAGGGCACUUCUCAACGAGUGAAAAGCACUCAAGGAGAAUGCAAAACAGGGACAAUGAGGGGCAUUGCCCUGGGGAGAGCCACAAAGGCCACAUAGAGGGAGGUUCAGAGGGCCAGAAUUGGCCCCGGGACCUGAGGCUCCCCACCUCCGUGCCAGAGGGACUCGUUCCAGAAGUCCUGUCACCAUCUGAGACACAAUCUCUGGGAGGCUUCUCAGAGGAAGGUGAGAGGUGGCAGUCAGCUUCUAAAACUGUAGUGGUUAUAUAAUAAAUAAUUGCCCCAGCUACACUGUGGGCGGCUUCCAGCAUAAUAAAAAUGCAGCAAAACAUCAGACAUUAAAAACUUCCCGAUACAGGGCCACCUUCAGAUGUCUUCAGAAAGUUGUGCGGUUAUUUAUCUGUUUGGCAUCUGAAGGGCAGUUCAGGUCGUUUGGAGCCUGGGUGAGCUCCAAUUUCCCACAAUUCCUAGCAGCUGUGAUGUGUUGGGGGCACUAAAAUGGUGGCUCCCACUGACCCAGCUUGCAAGCACUCACUCAGGUUGUCUCACUGGCUAGAGGGGGUGUGGGAGUGGGCCCUUUCUCAGGUGCUGAGACCUUCUAAGCUUCCCCCAGGUGAUGCCCAACCUUCCCUGAAUCUCUACUACAUCAGCCCAUCAACUUCCCAAAGCUGUCCAGGUGUUCCAGAGGUUGAGGAGGCAAUAGGCUCAAUUAAACUUGAAAUUCCUUCAGCUUGAAGAGGGCAGGGCUAUGGCAGUCAUUGGUCCUUCCCGGGGGGGCGGUGCAGGGCAGAGGUAUACGGGCUCACUUGCCAUCUAGCCUUCACUUUGCAUGCAGGUUCAAUCCCCCUUUGGCACCCCCAUGUAGGACUGAGAGAGAUUCUGAGCUUGAAACCCUGGACUCAGCUGCCACUCAGUGUGGAAAAUACUGAGCACAAUAAACUAAUAGGUCUGACUCAGUAUGUUGAAGGCAGAACUGGUCUAAGUCUUUACUCCAGCAGUUAAAUGCCUUCCCACCUCUGCACAUUCUGCCUGGUGCCACAGUUAACUGAGGUCUUUUUCCCUACUUGAAAGCUCCUGGCUUGUGUUCCCAAAGAGAGCUCAGGGGCCAGGGCAUCCUUCCUAUGGCUUGAAUACUAAGAUUAGAUGUAGUCCCCUUGCCUGAAAAAAAUCCCACAGAAGUGUAGGGUCAGAAAUCACUCUCAGACAGCCCGUUUAUUGAGUAUCCAUCCUCCUUUUUAUUUGCACAAAGCUUGUGUGGAGGUUAUACAACAUCCGUCAUUCAUUGAGUAACCAUUCUGAUCUGUUUGCCAGGCAAACAAUGCUGAUUCAAGCAGCUGUUAUACCCACUUUCCCUGUUCCUUUCCCCAUCACUUUCCUUCCUGCAAAACAUCCAUUGGUUUGGUUUGGUUUAGAAGCGGGCUUAGAAUCCUCUUUUUAUUGGCAUCACCUGAAUUUGCAAGGAUGUGACUGAAUCCCAUGCCCUGUUCAAUGUGAUGCUCUGGAAGCCACCAGACAGCUCACACUGUGUCAGAAUACUUGGCUCUCCUCUGUGUCCCAUUCUGAGCUAUUCACUACAAUCAAGCGCUGUUGAACCAUGGGCUGCUCCUGAGAGGUUCACACCCACCCCUGAUUUUGCACUAAAGUUGUCCCUCUGGGUUGCCGUAAUCCAUCAAAGUUUACAAGUCUUCCUGGAGCGUCAAUGUCUAACUACUGAUUAAGACUGAGAACGCCUUGGUCCUUGAGAGACGUGGAGUCCUCAGUGCUCUGGUCUUUAUCCCUGCCAGGUUCUUAUGAUUGCUUCUUGUUCUCUCAAGGGCUGUCCUUGCGUUGGGACAGGCCAAGCCAAGCCAGUCUUACAGAAACUCGGGAUUGCAACAACACCUUAUCAACUGAUCCUUUUUACAGAAACACACUCCCUCGUUACAAAUUAACGCCUUGGGGUUGUAGGCCAUGUUAAUCCCACUCAGAGUAGACCCAUUCAAAACAAUAAGCAUGGCUAACUUGGCUCUGUUCAUUUCAAUGGGCCUACUUUCUGCAAGAUUUAAUUGGGUACAACUGCCUCUAUGACCCCUGGUUUUAUCAAGGUCUUACAAGCCACGCUCCAGCAUUUUGUAUCUGUAUGUGGAACGUAGCAACAAGUUGUUUGUCAUUAAUAUAAUUUUGGUGUAUGUGAGAUAUUUAUGACAGUAGGAAUUGAUAGGUUAAAUGUUCAGUAUUCUUGGCCUUUAGGAAGCUUUUCCUGCUUUCUUUUUUUAACUAAAGGCAAUCCAGCUCCCCCUAAAGUUGAUGUGAACCGCAAGAUUAGCUAUUUUUGAGUGGGGUGGGUACGUUCUAGACCUGCAGGAUGUCAUUAGUCUGAAAAUACUUAAACAUGUGAAAUUAUGCCCUUGUUUGGAGCAAUGUCCUUUUUUUUCCAAAUAAGACUUGUGCUUUUAUUGAACAAUAAACCCAAACUGAAGUUUUUAGUUGUGUGUACAUGUAUAUCUGCUACAUCCUAACUCAGAGGUUUUCAGAUUGGUCCACUAGUUCCAUUCAUGGCUGGCUAAGGCUGAUGGUAAUCCAGAACAACUGGGCUUUAUACCUGACCCAAUACAUCUCUUUUUACACCUCACCCUCGGCUAUCCCCUCACAGCUCACCCCAAGCCCCAUUCCCUUUUUAAAGGAGGGGGUAGGUGCUUUAAAGAGCGGUUUGCCAAACUGCUCUCUGAAGCACCUUCAUUAAACAACUCUUCUGGGCUGGCUGCCCUCCAUGCUGCUUGUUCACUCACUUGCCUGCCAUUCAGUGCAGCUGGUGGAGCCACCUAUUGAUGGCCAUGUGAACUGCAGUGUGAUGAUAGCCUUACGUUUCUAUGUAUAUAGGAAGGCACAUAAGCAGAAGUUAUAUCUUUUUGGCACAUAUGUACGACACUGUACAAAUAAACAUAUUAUUUAUCUGUUACGAAGCCCCUCCAUAGAUGAAUGUGAGUGGCCAGGGUGGGGGCAUUGAUCUUAUUGCUAGAUUAAUAAAGGAAGCCAAAUUGUAUCAAGGCGGGCAUGUUUGACCUGCCUUAUCACCUCUCCCCAUGUCAUGCUGGAUGCUCUGAAAGUACUCUCCCCCAUACCUUUCCUAGCCAUAGCCACUCCUGUUGAACAGACUGCAACGCCUCUGACCAACAGGCAACAAUCAAACAGGUGCCCCAUUGUUACAGUUCCAGAGUGGGGAGGGAAAUGUGGGGGAGAAAGUAUUUGCUUAUUUCUUUCCGCAGCUGUUUAAAUUGCCAAGCUGCCUUCUUCAGGAAACGUGAGCAAUCGCAUUUAUGAAGAUUCCUAAUUUAUAUGGGUUGUGGCAACCCUGCGAUCCAAGGGUGUGUUGAGAAUAAAGCCUCUCUCUCUUUAAUCAAGGCUUUAUUGAGCUUUUAAUCUUCAGAUAAAAACCGGAUCCUACUGGGAUAUGUUCCUGGAGCAUGUCUAAUGAAUACAGCUGUACAAUUGUGGGUUUCUGAGUCCUGGACUGCGACCAGAAUUAUAGGAUGCAGUAGCGUGGCCUCGAAAGAUGUAAUGUAUCAUUAUGGAAAACCAUGAACUGUGAAAUUCACACCACCUGUAAAAAAGCCUUACCAGUUCCCUCUCUGGCAGACAACAAUGUCAUCUAUUGUUGUCCCAUUUGCAACAGAUUUAGAAAUCACCGCUCCAUUCAGCUCAGCAUUCUUAACUUUUCAUGAGUGUAAAUCCUAUAUUAUUAUUAUUAUGAAUACCAUUUGUAUGUGGUGCAGUGGUUAGAGGGUUGGACUAGGACCUGGAAGAGACCAGGGUUCAAAUCCCCACUUGGCCAUGAAGCUCACUGCAUGACCUUGGACCUGUCACUGUCUCUCAGCCUAAACUACUUCACAGGAUUGUUGUGGGAAUUAAAUGGGGGAACCAUGUAUGCCAGCUACUUUGAGCUCCUUGGAGAAAAAGGUGGGAGAUAAAUGCAAGAAAUAAAUCAUUAGCCCCUUUUUCAAAAGUGCGACCCAAAGCAAUUUUCAAACCAAAACAGAAUAAGUACCAAAAAACACCUCCAUCCAUUUAUAUAAAAGGUCAGUCUAGCAGAUUCCACCCCACUAAAAGAGGCCAUAAAUACUGAAAACUCGCCAGGUAGAAAGUCUGGGUAAAAAAAACAUGUUUUUGCGUGGCACAGCACCUGAAAAUAGUGAUGGGGAAGAACAUUCCACAAACAGGGAGCCACCACUAAAAAGGCCCCAUUCUAGCAUUGCCAUUAUCCCCACCUCCCUGGGAGAAAAGUCUCAGAUAUAUUGUAUAUAAGGCAUAUUAUAUUUAUUUUUACUCAAAAAAAUUUGUAUACUGCUUACUCAAGUAUAUUUGUAUAUUUCGCAAUUUAAAAAGAUGGCUGUUUACAAAGCCGUUUACAAAGGACAAGCUACAGACUACAUUAAAAAUAUCAAUAUAUAUUCAAAACAAAUUAACAUCAUUAAAAUCAGCACUCUU